ACGGAAGAGAGGGCGGGGACGUGUUUGGCAGCGGGACACACCAUUUCAGUUGCGUUCUUGGUUCAUUUUGUGUCUCGGCGAUGUUUCCUAGAGUCUCGACGUUCCUACCUCUUCGCCCCCUUACCCGCCACCCUUUGUCCUCUGGAAGCCCGGAGACAUCAGCGGCUGCGAUUAUGCUACUCGCUGCCCGGCACGGAACGAUCAGGAUGAAAAAUAUCCAAAGAUAUUUUGGCACUAACAGCGUGAUCUGUAGCAAGAAAGAUGAGCAGUCUGUUCGAACUGAUGAGACUUCCAAGGAGACUUCAGACAGCCAAGACAGUGCAAAGGAAAAUACGAAAAAAGACUUGUUAGACAUUAUUAAGGGCAUGAAAGUUGAAUUAAGCACAGUAAAUGUACAAACAACAAAGCCCCCCAACAGAAGACCACUUACAAGUUUGGAAGCUACACUUGGCAGGCUUCAAAGAGCUACAGAAUAUGCUCCAAAGAAGAGAACUGAGCCCCUGAGUCCUGAGUUGGUGGCAGCUGCAUCUGCUGUGGCAGAUUCUCUCCCUUUUGACAAGCAAACAACAAAGUCAGAGCUGCUGAGGCAGCUCCGGCAGCAUGAGGAAGAGUCAAGGGCACAGAGAGGUGCAGAGCGACCUAAAAUUAGUUUCAGUAACAUAAUAUCAGAUAUGAAAGUUGCCAGACCUUCUGCAGCUAGAGUUCGUUCAAGACCGGAGCAUCAGAUUCAAUUUGAUGAUGGCUAUGACAGUUCUCCUGACCAGCAGAAGACCACUGAUCUUAGAAAAAGACUUAGGAAAAACAUAUUCUCGGGGAAAAGACUUAAUAUUUUUGACAUGACAGCAGUUACUAAAGAAGCACCUGAAACAGACGCAUCACCUUCACUGUGGGAUGUGGAAUUUGCUAAGCAGUUAGCCACAGUAGAUGAACAACUCCUUCAGAAUGGGUUUGAAGAGCUGAUCCAGUGGACAAAAGAGGGGAAACUGUGGGAGUUCCCAAUUAACAAUGAAGCAGGUUUUGAUGAUGAUGGUUCAGAAUUUCAUGAACAUAUAUUUCUGGAGAAACACCUGGAAAGCUUUCCAAAACAAGGACCAAUUCGCCACUUCAUGGAGCUGGUGACUUGCGGCCUUUCCAAAAACCCGUAUCUUAGUGUUAAACAGAAGGUUGAGCACAUAGAGUGGUUUAGAAAUUACUUUAAUGAAAAAAAGGACAUUCUGCAAGAAAGUAACAUACAGUUCAAUUAAGACCAUGGAAAUUUUUAUUUCAAACAAUUAGAGAUGGAUAUUACAACUAAAUAAAAUAAUUUUACUAGA